AUGACCAAGAAGAAGCCCAAGGCUUCCACAUCACAGGUUGCAGAAGUCACAAGUCCGAGUACUAAGAAUUCCACCACUGAAGCUGCCAACACUUCCGCCGCCGGUACAAUUCCUCCUCCGAUCACCACAACUUCAACAUCUUCUCCUGCAGUAAAGCCAGCUCGCGCUUCUGCCGUUUCUACUACUCCCUCAACUCCCACCCUGAUCAUAUGUCGUAACAAACAUUGGCGAUACAUUUCCUCUUACCAUGGACCAUGGCUGAAUCUUCCUCCCGAAGUCCUGGAAAGCCUGGCCUACAGCAACUUCUACUCCCCGCGUCCUCAGCCCGUUGAUCCCGCGGUAUUCUUCGACCUCGUCAAGAUCAGACGUCUUAUUGAAGAUGCAACAAGCCUGGCCGUUCGCGCGGCCAAUGGUACCACCUCCGCCGCACUUAAUACUUCUCUGAGCGCUGCCAACAGUAUCUACAACAGCAGCGAUGCCGAAGUGCUCGGGAUAGGGUUUCAAAGAGGCGGUGGAAAUGCCAAAUUGAGUCGUGAACGCAGACAUCGUAUGAGGGAACAUGCUACUCAGAAACUGUCUUCUGCCUACCACCUUGAUGAGAUCGCUACCAGCGUGGCCACCAUGCAAGCCGCCUCUGCCUUGGAGGAUGUUGCCAAACAUGUAUUGCAGCGGAAUCAGCUGGAUCCUGACGCCCAAUAUGUGCACUUCUUCCAUGAGAAGAUUCCUUCACGGUCAAUGGCUGAAUGCACCAGUCUCGAUCCAUUGAACGAUAUCAUUCGCCAGCGGCCCACAGAAGCACCCCCAUACCGGACAAGAGCAGUCACUCGCGUUUUCAAGGAAGACUUUGAAGGGGCGGCAAGAGAUUGUACCGAUGGUUUGGCUGUUUUCAGACUCUAUCAUCCACAACACCAAAAUCAACAACGGGAUUUAGUCCUUUCCCGAGAUGCCGAGAAGAUGUCGCGAGAUUCGAGGACUGAGAUGAGAGUGGAGGAAAAGGAUCAGCCCAGUAGUCUAGAACCUCAACUCCUUUUCCACCGUGGCGGAGCCUACCUCACCUUGGCUUGUGAUCAGAUCGCCCGUGCGUUGCAUGGAGUGCCCCGAGGUGGUACCAAACCUCAGGAUAAUCCACCUACUGCGAAUUCAGAGGCAACACUACCACCACCCAGCGACAUAGACCGACAAGCAGACCGGGAUCGUGCCGAAGCCCGGAAGCUGGUUAGGACAUAUGCAAAACGAGCACUUCGAGAUUACACCUCUUUCCUCUCUCACUUUGAUUACACGCCUGGUCUCUCCUCCGAGUACACUGAAGCUUUUCUGGAGAAGGUGAGCGCUGUCAGUAACAAGAAUGGUCAUCGAUCGCGGAGCGAGAGGCUUCUCGAUAUCGAGUCCCAUUCUCAUUCUGGGUUGUCUGAAGCCCUAGUCAAAUAUGAGAGGAAGAAACAAAACAGCCUCCCGCAAUCUUUCCCGCCAAUCCCAAAACCUACAAUCCAUAAGCUAAACGCCUUAUUUGCGGCAGUACCGCCAUCGGACCUACCUCUCUUUCCACCAGACCCAAUGCUGGAAUCGGCAUCUACUGCCUCUCAUCCACUAUUCUCCCUUCCCGAUUUUUCCGAAGCAGUGACUUAUCACCCUCUACUGACCGACGUUCUUCAUUCACUACUCCUUUGUCAUGGCUUAAUCCAGACUUCUACCAAAGAACAUCUUCGCCACGCCCACAUGGUUGCUCGGAUCGCUCGUGUCUGUGAUGGUUACCCAAUCUUCCUCGCAGCACGUUCACCGUCUCGUGCAGACUGGAUUGAAGUGCUCCGGCGCAGUAAGAAUUGGUUGGGACUACAAGCAAGCUGGGAAGAUCUGUGCGCUCCAGCACCGCUGCCAGGACACGGCAAACAAGAGUCCAAAAAGCGUAAAGAGACCGCAGAUGAGAAGCAUGAGCGAAUCAAGCAGGAGGCAAUCAAAGAUGCUCUGUCGGAUGAGAGAGUAGUCGACGAAACGACGUUUCGCGCGAGCGUCAAAGCACGAGAGCUGAGAGCUGCAAGGGAGGAAGAAGAGGAGCAACGUAAAGAGUACUGUCGUGCCUCUUCCAGUUCCUCCCUUGACAGGAAUGGCAACAUCCGGCAACAACAGAAUGGCGAAGCGCCCGCUAAUGCAACCCAAUCACAGCAGCAGCAGCAGCAGCCCAAACGGUGGGCGCAAGAAGACGGCAAGGAAUAUCCCAUCACGACGGAACGAGCCGAGCUGAUCGUCCGGUGGAUCAUGGAUGCCCCAGCACCAAGCUCCACCGACGGCGGUGCAGGGCGACCCAAGAAGAAACCCGGCGCGAAAGGCAGGUUGAGAAAAAUGGCCAGCACGGCAUCGAGUCUGAGUCGAGGCAGUCGUGGUGAGAAUGGUGGGUUGGAUGGAUUGGAACGCAGUGUGGACAGCCUUGAUUUCUUGGAUUGA